UGAAUGCACAACAACCUUGAGUGGUCAUUGGUUAGCCGUUGUGUUGCUUUGAUAUCUUUACACAUUACAAGUUGAUUUUUAGUUUACACACUCAUCAGUAAUUCCUGUUGGUUGUUGUCGUUAGUAAAUGUGAUAACAGUGUUUGGCUUUUGACUUAACACUACAUAUUUUUCCUUUUAGAAUCUCGUGGUGUCUGGUCCGCUGUCACUGUACCUCGUCUGCGCAAACGUAAAUUACAUAGACGCAAACAAACUACUAGCUGGCCUUUUCAAUUAAUAGUGGCGAUAAUGCAUAGCGUUUCGGAACACGAAGACCCUGACCUAUAUUUUGAGCCUGUUAUUACUCUUCCCCUUUAACAGUCUGUAGUUCCGAGGAGAAUGAAGAGUGCCUAUUCAAACAGAGAGCACAACUGUUUCGUUUCGACACUAUUGACGAUCCCCCAGAAUGGAAGGAGCGUGGGGUUGGAGUGCUGAAAAUUCUACGUAACAGGACCAGUGGAUGCUAUCGCUUAUUGAUGCGUCGAGAUCGCACGUACAAGGUUUGUGCCAACCAUUAUCUCCUCAAAAAUAUGUACUUACGUCCAAACUGCAGCAGCAGUAGAGCUUUUGUCUGGAGUACGACAGCUGAUUUCGCAGACGAGGUGGUAAAACCAGAGUUAUUGGGUGUUAGAUUUGCUAACUGUACAUAUGCAGAAGAUUUUCGGAAAGUUUUUGAGGAAGGUUGUCAAGCAAGUGAUGAUAAACUAACUGAGAAUAGAUCCAGCAUUGAAGAUGCUCAUUCUGAUAAAGAGGAUAAAACUGAUGAUAUUGGCACGCUCUCGAAUUCUGUCAAAGAAUGUUUGAACAUUGCCUCACCAGAUACCAACUCUUCUGUUCAUUGCAGUUCGAUAAAAACCGAUGCUUAAAUAUCUCAUUAUUGAGACUUUUUUCAUAAACAAAUUCAGAUCUGUUAUACAAUAUCUAAAUUUUUAGAGAAGGUGUCUUAAAUAAUAUCUUAUUUGUUUCUCAUUAAGUAGUUUGUUGAAGCCAGUUCUCAAACAUCAAGCGUCAUUUUUUGUCUUAAUAAUGCCCUAUUCAGAGCUUAAAUCUGGUAACUCUAUUACAAAUGAUAUCUACAAGUAGAUGUGAAAUUUUACACCUUAUUCAAUUAUUGUUAUUUUAGUAAAGUCAUGGGUCUACUAAAAGAGUAGUGAACCAAGUGAUUGCCAUUAAUCUGGUUCUGUGUGUUUGUAUAUGAUUUCUCCAUAAAAUAGCAGUUGAACCAACAAGGUGAUGCAUACAUUUAUAGUUAUUUUAUCGUCUUUAGUUAUUUAUUUUCCAAGAAUCCUUCUUUUUAAGUUAAUUGGCAAGUGUUUUGUCAGUUAUCAACAUUUGAUUUUAAUCAGCCAGGUUGAUGAAAGGAGUUUUUACUCACAAACUGUCGCACUUCACAUCUGCACAUAGGAUUCGAUAGGCCCCAAAUGCCCUGGUAUGGUCGAGAGUGGGAUGGACCCGCCCUCCCUCUCGAAAUGCUCUCACACGGCCACGCGUAUACAGCCUCUGCCAGGGAAGUCCUACUCACUGCCUUCUCGUGGCGGGGGUGUUGUUUACGAAAAUGAGAGGACGAAAAGCGAAUGUCUGGCGCUUUAACCGGAUUCCAAACCAAUGGUGCACAUGGGCUCCAGUAUCCUGCGGGAGCAAAUGGCGUAUGAACCAAUUGUUAGUCACCGGCUACCAUGGGACUGCAUCUUUUCAUGAUGCUUCGCUGCCUCGUGGGUCAGACCUUUAGGCCAAGGGCUCGGGGUGUGGCCCCCUAAGAAAACCACCUGCUUCGGUCUGGGCACCCGGGCAGUAUCCCAGCCCACACACAAAUAUGAUGAAAUGUCAAUAUUUAUGGAAAAUACUUCUCUUGCUUUGAUUAACAAUCAAACGGUUCAUAUUAUUAUUAUUCACGUCAUCUAUUCACUCUCUUUUAUUUCCACUCUGUGUAUCCUUAUUUUUCGACUUAUACAGCAGCUCGCCUAUGGUGGAAAUUCGGUUCUAUCUGAACGAUCUCGAGUCACUGCUUGGUCGAAAGUUGUAUGCUUCCACCGAACACGAAUACUGAAACAGUCUUUCUGAAACCGCAUACACGAUUCAAACUGUCUACCUUCAACGUUCGCACACUUAUGCAGGUUGGACAACAGAUAGGGCUGGCUAUGUCAGGCUGGUUUUCGUUCCGGUCGAGGAUGUAUUGAUCAUAGCUUCAGCCUUCGCCAAAUGCUAGAACACCGUCAUACUUAUCAAAGGCCAGCAAUCGUAGUGUUUCUCGACAUUAGGGCUGCCUUCGAUUCGUUGGACAGGACUGUUCCCUGGGAUUGUCUAUUGAAGAAGGGUGUGCCUGAGAAGUUUAUUAACAUCCUAAAAGCCCUAUACACAAGCACCUCAGGCAGAGUGAGGGCAUACAACCACCUCUCUCCAUUGUUCCAUUCGAGCAGUGGGGUUAGGCAGGGUUGCCCAAUCUCACGAUUCCUCUUCAACUUUGCCAUCGAUGUCAUUCUGGAAACAACUCUGAUGGAUGUAAGUAGUGGCGGCGUGGAUCUGUUGCCUGGAGAAAGACUUCUCGACCUUGAGUAUGCGGAUGAUAUUAUCUUACUGUGCGAUAAUGCCCAAGCCAUGCAAUCUGCACUUAAUCAGUUGGCAAUCAGUGUCCGUAGGUAUGGUAUGUACUUUGCACCUUCGAAAUGCAAAGUACUUCUACAAGACUGGCAGGAUUCUAAUCCUGUACUCACCCUAAAUGAUGAUCAGAUAGAAGUAGUCGAGAAGUUCAUGUACCUGGGAAGCUGCAUAAGUGCUGGUGGUGGCGUGAGUGAUUAGAUAAAUGCACGUAUAGUGAAAGCUAGAGCGGCUUAUGCCAAUCUGGGCCAUCUUUGGUGCCUUCGUGAUGUUAGUCUGGCUGUAAAAGGUCGGAUCUACAAUGCGUCAGUGAGAGCAGUUUUGCUCUAUGCUUGUGAAACCUGGCCUCCGAGUUGAGGAUGUUAGACGACUCUGUGUUUUAUCAUCGUUGUCUCCGAAGGAUUGCUGACAUCCAGUGGCAACACCAUGUUAGUAAUGCAGAGGUUUGGCAUCUUGUGUUCGGGUGCAGAGACGAUAAUCCAAUUGGUGUCACCAUCUUUAAACAUCGACUUCGGUGGCUUGGACAUGUUCUACUAGUGUCGUCCCAAAGAAUUCUACGUCGUGUAUUAUUUGCGGACUUUGGGACUGGUUGGAAAAAGUGGAGAGGUGGUCAGUGUAUGACAUGGUGUCGGGGUAUAAAAAAAGCUGUAAAGGGCUGGCUUGUGUUGGUCCUUCACGACUCCUUGGCUUGGGUUCGAGAGAUGGUGCGACAGUGGCUAGAGACAUUAUCAGAUAUAGCUCAGGAUAGAAGCCAGUGGCGAUCCUGCUGUAACCUUCUUUUACUUUCUUCAUAAAAAUUGGUUGUAUCUUCCCUAACUGAAAGAUUUCUUCUGGUUGUACCUUUCCGUUUCUCCCAUUAUUACUAUUACGCUACCUUACACUAAUCUGUUCGUUAUUGUUCUUUUUUCUCUUCGAAUUCUCAUUGUUUUGUGUGGCGUAUAUAUAUUUGGUGCCCUCUUGUACCAAUAUUUAUGUGUUCAAAUAAAAUAAAAAAUUAAACAUCUGGCUGGCCACGUCUCAGAGUCAUCACUACCCCACUAGUGGGAGUAAUCCGCAGUGGUAAAUAAAUCCUCAAAAUCAGUACCUCUGUAAGUCUUUGACAUUUGAUGCUGACCACAUUGGUUUCAAUGGAUUAACCUAGUUGGAGGCGCUCGGCCAUGCAUUCGCAUCAGAUCACGAGUGGAAACGCUGUGCUCAACUUCUGCUGCAAUCGCUAGCCAGUUUAGAUCAGUCGAUUCUCGAUAUAUUGAUAUCCUGUCAAAUAUAUUUUCUGACCUCUUCGCUUCUGACUUUUGAUUUCACUUGGUGGGCACGAUUCAUAGUAGGUGUUACUGGUUACAUUGUUUUCAAACUCCGAAUACCUGUGGCAUCUUCAGUCACAUGAUGGAGUGCCUCAAAUUAUAUGUCAGAAUCUAUCCACAAGUGGCUCACAUAUGAAGUCGAAGUGUUGGAUAUGAGAAGGUAAUGCGAAUUGGAAACGUCAAUUCGGUCAUAACACUGCGACAUAGGGACUCUUUAUUAUAUCUUAGGUGGGAAGGUAGUGUUGAAAAUUCUAUGGUUCGAAUUCCAGAUAGUGUUUUCAGUACACAACCGACAUGUUAAUCAUAUACAACUCCAAGACCCGGGUGAGUUCGUCCCGAUUUGUUAAUUCUAAUACUACUGAGUAAAUUCUAAAUCAUACUGAGUCCGUAUCUGUUGCGCAGUCAGACAGAAAUGCAAUGAACCUAAGGAGAAGAGGUUUAGUCGAUUACUGAAAUAUGGAUUCUCAUUCAGGUUGCGGAGGAUGUGAUAUUUGCAUGAACUAAUGAUUCCUUUGUUAUUGAUUUCCCAGUGAAUACGAAUUUGAAAUGUAAUACGUUCAUCUGUGCUCAUCUAGUUCUACUUUCUGUAAAUUGCACUAUUUCGGGAAUUCAUGAUUAUUACAACAAUUCAAAUCAUCGUAUUUACUUUGAUAGUGACUAAAGAAGCACGUAAAGUUUUGUAGGAUGGGAAUCUCAUGGACUUACGAUCAUUAAAGCAUAUUUCGAAACAAAGAAGUGGGGAAUCACAAGAAAUGUUAGUCAAUAUUGUGUUGUUACAGGGGAACUGAAGACAUUUGGCUGGUUAGAAACUUUAUAUUGAAUAUUAUUAAUUUCACUGGUUUUUUAGAUGUAUUUGUUUUACUCAACUUCUGAACUUGUUUGUUCAUAUCAUUAUUUUCGGACAUUUUGGUUUCUCUGUCUUUGGUUUAAUAUUUGAGAGUUUCUUCUCCGGUUUGUUUCGAUAAUUGUUAUAAUUAUUGUUAGAACGACAUUUGGGUCGACUAUUUGUAAAUUGCGAAUAAACUUUGGUACCUGGAUUGGGGCUUGGUCCUAUUUUUGACUUGGGUUCAAAAAUUGCAAAUAGGUCGAUAUACCGUACUUCAGUAACGGGAACGAGCAAAAACUUGAACGUGACAUAUGCACCCACCGAUGUUAACAACAAAGCCGAUAAAAACCAAUUUUUUGAGAGGCUUCAGUCGAUCAAAGUGAAGUGCUCAGGAAAGGACCUGACCAUCCUGAUAAGAAACUUAAACGCCAAAAUCGGAAAGGACAACACCAGGUAUCAAGAUAUCAUGGAACGACAUGGACUGACUUAGAGAAACGAACGAGAAUGGUGAGAGAUUUGCAAUUUUAUGUGCAUUCACCCAAACUGAUUAUAGACGACACAUUCUUCUCACACAAGAAGUAUGUACCUAAUUUCAUGAGUACACAUUUUGAAAUACAAGUUAGUCAAUCACUUGAUGCCAUAUUUUAGGCAUCAUAUUUACACAUUUUAAUCAACAGGGUUCAGUAAUCUCAACCAUCAGUGGAUAAGUG